AUGAGCUCUUCAGUAUCCAACUAUAUGUUAGAUGAUGAUGAUACAUAUUCUGUGCGUGAGGAACCUGAUGAAUCACUUACAUGUAAAACAAAAAAGAGAAAGAAUCGUGAAAAUCGUAGUAUUGCAUGGGAUUAUUUUGAAACUGAAACAACGGAAAAAGGUGACUUUGAUGUUUGUCAAAUAUGUAAAAAGAAAAAUAUAGAUGUUAAGUAUGCACAUGACUCUUUAACGGGAAACAUGCUUGGCCAUCUUUGGUCUAAGCAUCGAAUCGAUAAAGACCACCCUGAAGAAACAACUACUGAUACUGAAGCUAUCAAAGAAUUUCUUAACCAGGUUAUCACAGAUUGGGGACUUACUGGACGAGUUUUCUAUGCACAAGAGAAAUGUAGAUAUUCAAAAUUUUAUCAAACAAUUGAUGAUGUAUCGACAAGAUGGAACUCUUCAUAUUUGGCCUGGAUUCGACUUAAAGAGUUACGAAAAGCGAUCGAUUAUCUUGUUUUAAUGUUGCUCUCAGAAUCAGAACGAUCCACCAACAUAUUUUCUGAUUCAAGUUAUCCUUUGCUCAAUCUCGUUUAUCCAACAAUGAAAUUACUGAUUAAGGGCCAAAGCCAACCAAUCGAUAACGAAGGUCCUGACGAACUAGAUAUAGAAAACGAAUUUGAUACAUUAGUAACUUCGGAGCAACUUCGGCAACCAUUGCAAGCAUUACAAGGAUGA